UCAGUAAACUUUCUAUUUUAAAAUACACUUUUCAUAAUAGUAUUUUUUUAAUUUUUCCCUCCAUUUACUUUCCUCAAUUUUUCGUACAUGGAACCUAACAAUAAUCUAGUGUGCUAACUACUUAUACUUAUCUAGUUGAAUCUAACUUUGUUCUGCUAAUUGCGUUUGAUUGGUUGUAGGAUAUUCAUCGGGUUGUUAUGAAUUGCUUUUUGGGUUUUGAGGCUGGGAAGGAACCACGUCAGGAUGGGUGUCAUUAAGCAGGGAGUCUGAAGAGCUAAGCAGAAAGGACACUGUACGUACUAAUCGUCAUGACUCUGCUUCAGCAUCCAUCGUCAUCCUCCUCCACUUUCAUUGGAUCCGAUUUCAUCCUCCCUGAAUACCAAAGGUUUCAUCGCAAUUCAAGUGUACUGAUUAAUUCCUUUUCGCGCUACAAGGCUUCAUGGCAAGAGCUCGCCGGCGUUUUGGUAUUCUCAGCCAUUCCUUUCACCGCCGUCAAAGCUAUCGCCAACAGUACCUUUGGUGAGACACUCCGUAAACGCUUGGAAGAGAGGAAGAAAGUUGCAGUUGAGAAUUCCGCAAAGUUUAAGGCGCUUGCACAAAUGGCACGAAACGAUAGUAUCUGGUACGGAGAAGAUCGCCCCCGCUGGCUUGGUCCAAUUUCUUAUGACUACCCUGCUUAUCUUAAUGGGGAGCUACCCGGGGACUAUGGAUUUGAUAUAUGGGGGUUGAGCAAGGAUCCCGUGGCCCUUCAAAAGUACUUCAAUUAUGAGAUUUUGCACGGCCGUUGGUCUAUGCUGGCUGCUCUUGGUGCUUUGAUUCCAGAACUUUUAGACCUGACAGGACUUUUUCAGUUUGUGGAACCUGUUUGGUGGCGAGUGGGCUAUUCAAAGCUUAAGGGAGAUACACUUGACUACCUAGGGAUCCCUGGACUCCAUUUUGCUGGAAGUCAAGGAGUCAUUGUCAUAGCCAUUUGCCAAGCCCUUUUGAUGGUUGGACCAGAAUACGCAAGAUAUUGUGGGAUUGAGGCUUUGGAACCCUUAGGAAUUUACCUGCCUGGUGAUAUCAAUUAUCCUGGUGGUGUUCUUUUUGAUCCACUGAAUCUCUCUAAAGAUCCAAUGGCUUUUGAAGAGCUAAAGGUGAAAGAAAUAAAAAAUGGGCGCCUUGCUAUGGUUGCCUGGUUAGGCUUUUAUGUCCAAGCGGCUCUUACAGGAAAAGGCCCUGUGCAAAACCUUCUGGAGCAUAUCUCAGAUCCAUUCCAUAAUAACUUGCUAUCCACUCUAAAGUCUCUGUAGAUAUAUUAGAGAAUUCACUUACCCAAGUUGACAGUGGGGUUCAACCUAUGGCGAUGCACCCUUCCAGCUGUAAUUGUGUCUUAUUUAUAUUUUAAGGAUGUAAUACGUGAACUUCUAAUUUAUCUGAAAUCUCGUUUGAAAAUAAUGUUGUAUCUAGAAAAGGAGAAGACAUCUUGUGCCCAGAAGAAUAUUCUAGGUUGUGCAUACCCAGGGCAAUUAACCAUAAUAUGCUCUUGUUUAUAAUGAGAUAUAAAAAAGACCAAGUUCUGGAAUUAUCCAAAUAACUUCUGUUUAUGAUGGAAUGUAAUUGACAGGGAAACAAGCGUGUUACUUCUUG